AUGGGAAAACACCACUUAUCAGACCUUCUAAAAAAAGUCAUAGAUGAAUCACUUGAACAGCUGAUAGGGUUGUGGGAGGAGAUUGGGUUCCCAGAAGAGCAACUUGAUGAACGCUGCAAUAGCGUGGUACGUCAUGUGGAAAACCUGUUUGAGGAGAUGGUUCAACAGGAGGCCAGCGUGCGUGAUGGAUUAGUUAAUAAGAUCAAGGACAUUGGCGAGAAGUUGAAAGUCUUAAGUAAGGAACUUUCACUACCUUUGUAUCAGCCUGAUCCAAAACUGAAAAUAUUACAAUGUCGCAAGGACCUCCAUCUUAAGCUUGAAGCUCUCACCAAACAGAAGCACACUCGCAUGGUGGCCUUAAAGAAGCUGUUGGACCAAGAGCAGGUACUGUGUGACCGUCUAAAAGCGAAAACUUAUCCAAUUUCCAGUAAUUGUGUGCCGUCCGAUAAUCAACUCUGGGAGUUGGAAAAACACAUUGAAACACUCCAAGCAGAACAGGAGAAACGCUUUGCCACGUUCAUCAUCAUCCGAGAACAAGUUCAGGAAGUCAUGAAAGAAAUUGACACUACUGCUUCCACUGCUUUUGAGAGGCAGGCACUUGUUGAAGAUGAAUCCCAAUUUAUCCUCUCCUCUGAGAACAUGUCUGCUCUUACUGACCUUCAAGUUGAGGUAAAUGAUCGAAAAAUGAAAGCUGAGGAGAAGAUGCAAUCCAUGAAGAACCGUUUAAAUCUGCUUUGGAAUCGCCUGGAAACUCCUGAUCAAACCAGGGAAGAGUUUCUAGCAGACAAAGUAUCUUUGACACAAGAUACCUUUACUGCUUUAACAGAGGAAAUUACUCGCCUUGAGGCUUUGAAACAUAGCCAGAUGGAAAAAGUUUGUGUAAGCAUGAAAAGAGAACUGGAGCAAUGGUGGGAUGUUUGCUUUAUCCCAAAAGAACAGAGAGAUGAGUGCAAAAGUUAUAAAACUGAGGGUGUGUUUACUGACGCUGUUGUGGAUGCCUUAGAAACUGAAAUUGGUCGCCUUCAAGCAUUCUAUCAGAGACAUGAGAGCCUAUAUAGUCAGGUGAAGCAGUGGGAACAAUUGCUGGAAGAAUUCACAGUUCUUGAGAAAAAAGCCAAUGAUCCAAAUCGAUAUAACAACAGAGGUGGUGCUUUGCUUCAAGAGGAGAAGACAAGGAAGAGAAUAAUGAAAGAUUUGCCUAAGCUGGAAGCAAAUCUGGAAGAAUUGAUUAAGAAAUGGGAAGAGGAACAGAAUCUGAAAUUUGUCAUUUAUGGAAUGGCAUUCUCUGAUUAUGUUGUCAAGCGUUAUGAACAGAUAAAAGAAGAGAAAGAAAGAGAGAAAGAACAAAGAGUAAGUAUCUGA